UUACAAGAAUCUCAGUUUCAUUUACUACAACUAAAAUCCUUAUAUCAACAACACACUUUUACCCUAACAACCAUCUUUUUUUUUCUCAUUUGGAGGCUCAUCUGUUCUAUCAAUUCUGGUUCAUCAAGAAGGUUUAAUCGACAAAUGCGGUCGAGUGAUUGUGCUUAAGUGCUGGUGAUUAGUUCUGCUUCAUCGACAAGAUUCUUCUUGUACAUCAUGGAUGACGGUGGUGGUAGUCGAUACAAAGGGCUCAACUCUACUGUUAGAAAGAAAAGAAGCCAGAUGCCGCGGUUACAUAGGACAGUAUUUCCUGAAUUCCAUGAUGAUGAGUAUACUGAUGAUGCUAUAUCUAGAGAUAACAGGUUCAUAGGUGAUUAUUCUUCUAAAAAGAACAAGGAGGAUAGCGCGACAUAUAAUAAUGCACGUCCGAUAGAUGAUACCUCUCUUAGACAGUUGGCUGAUGCUGCACUUAAUGAUAGCAAGCCGAAAAAGAUAAGGCUGAAAAUUGGUGGAGCGACAUACCUGAUUGAAACCAAAAACAGUUCUUAUCGGUCAUCUGGCAGUGUAUUGUCUGCUAAAAGUGCACAACCUUCUGAUGCCGCUCGGCCUCACCAGAAUCUCACUCCUCAGGACAACUCCGAAGACGGUCCUCUUGCAGAUAAGAAAAGUGCGUCGAAAGGUAUUUCGCGGAACAAUUUCCCUGGAGGCACUUUUGGUGCUAGCAAGGGCGAUAGGGGAAAGAUGCCAAAGGAGAGUGUGUUUGAAAAACAAGGAGACAAGCCACAUCAAAACCGUAGGAUGCCAAACAGGCUUGUUUUGGAUGGGCUUGAUGAGGAUGAGGAGGAAGAUCUCUUGUCUGAUGGAGAGCUUGGACGAACAAAGAAGAAGGAGAAACAAAUGAAGGAAUCAAAGAGGGAAAUAAGUCUUACAACACGACAAUGGGCUCUUCUGUCAAGCAGGAAUUCCUCUGUGAAUCUGCUUGAGUUUCCCAAUGGUUUACCACCAGCACCACCUCGAAAACAAAAGGAGGAGCUCUCAGAAGUUGAGAAGCAACAGAAAAAAGCUGAGGCUGCUCAAAGACAUAAAAUGCAAAAAGAGAAGGCAGUUCAGGAAUCAGAGGCUGAGGCAAUUAGAAAAAUAAGAAGUCAAGAUUCCAACAGGAAGAAGCAAGAAGAGAAAAUGAAGCAGCGGCAGGAAGAGUUGGCACAGGAGAAGGCUGCUAAUGAGCUUGCACCAAACACUAUCAGAACGGUUAUGGGCCCCUCUGGAACUACUGUGACAUUUUCUCCAGAUAUAGGUUUCCCAAGUAUUUUUGCAUCUAAGCCUUGCAGUUAUCCUCCUCCUCGUGAAAAAUGUGCUGGUCCUUCCUGUGAGAACACAUAUAAGUACCGUGAUUCGAAAUCAAACCUUCCUCUUUGCAGUCUUAAGUGCUACAAGGCAAUUCAUGAAAAGAUGCAGGAUGAAAAAACCUCCUAAGAUUGUUGUGGAGAUUCUUUUCUCUCUCAAUCUUAUUGUGCAAAAUUUUACAUGAAUUUGGAUUAGCCCAGUGAUUCAAAACAUAGCUAGAAACUGUUUGUUGAGGAGAGGGGCUAUUCUUUCUUGUUGGUUACUAUUUGCACUUCUAUUUGUGAUUACUCCAUGGAUCAUCUUCCAAAACUGUUGUUAUAUUAUGGUCGAUUUAGCCUUAUUAUCCAAA